AUGGCGAGGGAUCAGUUGGUAGGGUUUGGUGGCAGCGGCCCGGGGGAGGAAGCCGGACGAGGUUUCAUCAUUCAUUCCUCAACAGGGUUGCUCUUGCUUUGCAUGGUUAUUUUCUCCCUCUGUCUUAUAUCAAUGGUUAUUUUCGCUUGUGGCGAUGACAACUCUGGAAAGCCUCGCAGACGUUAUGGAGGUGGAGGUGGAGGUGGAGGUGGAGGUUGUGCGGGUGCAGGUUGUGGAGGUGGAGGUUGUGGGGGUGGAGGUGGAGGUGGAUAA